AUGUACAGACGAUUCCUACUCGAUAUUGCUGUUGAUAAUAUGAAAAAACGUGCAAGAGAGGAAACACUACCUAUUCCAAAAAUAUAUUCACAAGAGGUCGUCAGAUCAAGAGUUGCCAGUCCUGGUCUUGCAACUGGUCAUGUUUUUCCAACACUUCCGAAUGUUGAUGCUUCACUUUAUCGUCGUAGAGCGCUUAAUUACCCCAAAUUGCCAACAACUACCGAUGAAAUCGCUGUGACCGGCUUAUGGAGGCAAUCGAAAGAAGGAGGAGAACUUUUACUUGUCGAUGAAAAAUACGGUACAUUCAGAGUUCGUCCAUUACUCUUUGAACAACUUUAUAUAAUUUUCGGUUUUCAAAACGGAUCCAUGAUACCAUGUGCAUAUUCUUUAACUACACGGAAAAAUUCCAUUGUCUACACGAAAAUAUUAAGACAUUUAAUCGAAUAUGGUAAAAAGUUGAAUGUUGAAAUGAAUCCACAGCGGCUGACCUGCGAUUUUGAACAAGCCACAAUAAAUUCUUUUAUCGAUAUUUUUCCACAUAUCAAAAUCAAUGGCUGUUUCUUCCAUUAUGCUCAAUCGCUGUGGAGAAAAAUCCAGGAAGUUGGUAUGAUGCGUCAUUUUGAAAAAACAAAUGACACUAAUAAUAUAAUACCGCAGAGUGAACGAAAAAAUGCUGAUCAUUGGUUUUUAGCUGCUGUUGGUUUAGCUCUAGUUCCCCCAACAAUUAUUGAGGGUAUAUGGGCAGAGAUCAUGGAUCUAUAUACACCCGAUCAUGCUGGUGCAACGGAAUUCAGUGAUUAUUUAGUCCAGACGUAUGUUGAUAGUGAUAUCAGUUUGUUCAAUGCACAAACGUGGAAUGUUAAUGAUGCAAUUCAAAAUAAUUUACCACGAACUAAUAAUCAUGUGGAAGGAUAUAACAAGCGUCUGGAAAGUAAUUUUCCUGUUCAUCCUCAUAUUUAUGAAUUUGUUCGACUGUUACGUGAUGAACAUUCGUUCCAGCAUCAUCAAGCUGAAGCAUCGGAAAUACGCGCUCCAAAAAGAAAGAAACUAUAUAUUGAUAUUGACAACAAGCUGAAAGAAUUACUUCAUGGCUUUGCUACCGGUAUACUGAAUGAAGCUGAAUUAGUUAUAAAAUGUGGUAGAGCAGUUAAAACUACCCAAAUCAAAAAAUAA